CACCCUGAGAGGACUCUGAGCACCUGUGGCUGAAGCCAAAGGACCACAGGGCUACCCAUGGGGAGAGUCCAGCUCUAGCCAACAUGCCCGCCUUGGCAGUGUUCUCACAACAGCCCACUGUUCCUGGAGGAGCUGGGCCCUGCAGACCGAUCAGAAACCCCACAACGUGCCACCUCACACCCCGCAUCCUGUGUGUCCCGGGCAUUGGCCCUCUCUCCCUUGGCAAACACAGAACCGCUGUUCCGUCUCAGGGAUUGCUUAACCAGAGAAACAGAAGCAUUUAUGAUACUGUAAAUACGAUCGUGUAUGUGUUGCCAAUGACGUUGUAAAGUUGUAACUAUUUAUAACUCGGGUUCUAAUUUGAUGGGUACUUGAAGUAGCUGUGGGUGGGAAGAGGGGCCUGUUUUCUGAGGAGACUCACCACCAUUUCUCAGGUUCCCCUUGCAGAGUACAUGCUGUUGGCCAUGGGAGAGCGGGGGCGGGGAGGAAGCCGGCCAGUUAGAGUCGGUCCGAGGCUAGUCUAUGCAGAAACCCCGGCUUGCGGGGGGGCGUCUGUAGCCCGGGGAAGGGUGAGGGGCAGGGCCCAGGCUGGGCUUUGGCUCUCACGCCUGCUGCGCGCCCGGGGACCACGGGGGACCACGGGCCGGGCGGAGGCGGGGGUCCGGGAGGCCGCGGAGCUGGAACGGCUCCUCCGCCCUGGCCGCCUGUGUGUCGGAGUGUCUGGUUUCAUGGCUGCGUGCGGGUGUGCGUGUGUGCGCGGGUCUGUGUGGGCAGGCGUGUGUGUCUCUGUGCACAGAUACAUCCGCGCCCGUGUGCGCGCACCUGCGUCCCUGUGAAGACCUGUGUGCUGGGCGGUGGGUUCUUUGUGAGGGAGACGCGUUGUGACCACAGAAGACUCUGUGUGUGUGUGUGUGUGUGUGUGUGUGUGUGUGUGAUGUCUGUCGAUGCAUCGUGAGUGUGUACCAUGAGUGCACGUGUAUAGGUGUGUCUGUGUGUGUCUUUCUCUGCAUGUCCACCGUCGCUGCGUCUGUGCAUUCGUACUCGAGGCGCUGCAUGAGGUGCCCCUUCUCCUGCCGGCGGCGCCUCCCCGGCCCUCUCCUCCUCUGCCCAGCUCGGCGCCUCCUGUCUUCACCGGCUGGCCAAACCAGCUUCUAAACCCUGGUCUCGCUCUGCCCCGAGCGGCUCCUCCAGCGCCACGUUUCUCUUCCCACCCUGUGCUUGCUUUUGCCUCCCCUGCCGCCUUCUACCUCAAGCUUCCUCUGCCUGCUUUUGUCACAGUCCCGUGGGUCGCUGACUUGGAGGCUGCCGCUGGAUGGCGUGUGGCCUCUCCCUCUCCGACUCGUUUGCAGCCCGAGGGGCAGCUGGUCCUAGCCCCGGCUGACUUCCACGGUGUAUCACCUUCCUGCUCCCUUCUCGGCCCCUCUGCCCCACCUGGACGUGUCGUAGGAGGCCUCGAGGGCGUUCCCAAGAGUCGUCUAGAUGCCAGUGUCUUGGUGUUUGCUGUUUUCAUGUUUUAGUUCCCCGCGUAGGGUGGGUUGCCAUAGGAAGGGGUGUGUAGCUAGAGUGUGAACUAAGGGCCUCUGUCUGCUUCCUUUUCCUUUCUCUGACAAACUGUGUCACUUUUUUUUUUUCCCUCCACACUAACGGAUAAGUUGUAUUUGCUGUUUGUGGCUACUGAAGUCUUACUGUCCAGCCGUGGGCCCUACAACCUCUCAGCCCAAUAGGUUGGUUUAAAAAAAAAAAAAAAAAAGACGCCACGCCCAUUUCUGUAUCACAAUUGCUGUUUUUUAGCAAGUGUGUGAACUCACAGUGCUUUUCUAUGAAUAAAUCAUGGAUCACAGAAAAGAUCAUUUUCCUAAAA